GCGUCUUUGCAGACUCGUCAGCGUCAGUAUGGCAGCCUGCAGGGAGCCGUGGGAUUAUUAUUGAACUCCACGUUUAAGGGAACAUUUUGAGUUAUUUAUUCCCGAAAUAAGGUUAAAACAUGUCCCAGCUUCUGUGCUCCAGAUUGUGCGUCACUGCUUGUUCUCGUUCACUCUCUUUCUCUACACUGAGCAGAAAGACAGGGGGCAAAUGGAAGCUGUCACGGUGGUAUACAUCUCAUUCACACACCUCCACACAGCCACCUGGCAAUCCUUUGCACCGAAUUUGGAACCUGACUCAGAGAAUCCACCACUCCACCUCCCGGACAUCCAAAUCACCAGGUUUGAAAUUCAUCCUAGGACCUGCGGUCCUCACUGUUUCAGCACGCCUGUUCUGCCGUGUAGCCUGCUGUGAGGCAGAUGUCAACAACAACACUCCAGAGGAAGUUAUCCUCAAAGACUCUGUGCCUGACUUCAAAUGGCACAUCCUGUGGGAAUUUGUCAAACCGCAGCUGUUUGCGCUCAUUGGUGCUGUUGUGCUUGCUUUUGGUGCAGCUAUCUUGAACAUUCAAAUCCCAUUAAUGCUUGGUGAUUUGGUAAAUGUUGUGGCACGCUACCUCAGAGAACAUUCAGGUACGUACGUCAACGAGAUAAAAGGUCCUGCUAUGAAACUACUUGGACUGUAUGCUAUCCAGGGCCUGCUAACAACUGGCUACAUCAUCUUACUGUCGAGGGUAGGGGAAAGAGUGGCAGCAGACAUGAGGAAAACCCUCUUUGCUUCCCUGAUAAGGCAAGAUGUUGCUUUCUUUGACGCCAAUAAAACCGGGCAGCUUGUAAACCGUUUGACUGCUGACAUUCAGGAGUUCAAGUCUUCCUUUAAAUUGGUUAUUUCUCAGGGUCUGCGGAGCAUCACGCAGACAGUCGGGUGUUUUGUGUCUCUCUAUAUCAUCUCCCCCAAGCUCACAGGCUUGACAGUGGUUGUUCUCCCAUGUCUUGUGGGAGCAGGAGCUCUUAUUGGUUCAUUUCUGCGCAAACUAUCUCGUCUCGCUCAAGAACAGGUAGCAAAAGCAACAGAGGUGGCAGAUGAGGCUCUGGGUAAUGUCCGAACAGUGAAAGCUUUUGCUAUGGAGGAACGAGAACUCCAACUGUAUGCACAUGAAGUCGACAAAUCAUGUGAAAUGAAUGAAAAUCUUGGUGGAGGCAUCGCAGUUUUCCAAGGCUUGUCAAACGUGGCACUGAACUGCAUUGUGCUGGGAACAAUUUUUGCUGGAGGGACGUUAAUUUCAAGUAAUGAGAUGUCUCCUGGAGACCUGAUGUCUUUCUUGGUUGCUUCACAGACGGUUCAGAGGUCCUUGGCCAGUAUUUCCAUCCUUUUUGGACAGGUGGUGAGAGGAAUGAGCGCUGGGGCCCGGAUUUUUGAAUACCUGUCUUUAAAGCCAACCAUUCCUCUCUCGGGGGGAGGACGCAUCCCCUUCCACUCUCUGAUUGGAAGAGUGGACUUCAUGAAUAUUUCAUUCAGUUAUCCAACGAGACCCGGCCAUGAAGUCCUGAAGAAGUUCAGUUUAAUUCUGCCACCUUGUAAAACUGUUGCAAUUGUUGGCGAAUCUGGAGGAGGGAAGUCCACAGUGGCAUCCUUAAUGGAGCGUUUCUACGACCCAACCAAUGGUGUGGUCAUGUUGGAUGGGCUCGAUAUUCGCACGUUGGAUUUGGCCUGGCUCAGGGGCCAAGUUAUUGGAUUCAUCAAUCAGGAGCCAGUUUUGUUUGGAUCAUCUAUCAUGGAGAACAUCCGCUUUGGGAAGCCUGAUGCCACAGAUGCUGAGGUCAUUAGUGCAGCAAAGCAAUCUAAUGCUCACCGCUUCAUUAUGAGUUUCCCAGAUGGCUAUAACACCAUGGUUGGUGAGCGAGGUGUGGCGCUAUCAGGGGGCCAGAAACAGCGGAUUGCCAUCGCCCGAGCUUUGAUCAAGAACCCCAGCAUCCUUGUGCUCGAUGAAGCCACGAGCGCCCUUGAUGCAGAAUCCGAGGGGGUGGUGCAGGAAGCGCUGGACAGAGCCACAAGGGGUCGCACUGUGCUCAUCAUCGCCCACAGACUGAGCACUAUCCAAGGGGCCGAUUUAAUCUGUGUCAUGAGCAAUGGCCGCAUUGUGGAGGCUGGAACACAUUUGGAACUGCUGAGCAAAGGAGGACUUUAUUCUGAUCUGAUCCGCAGACAAAGAGCUGAGGGGCAGAAAUAAAGAUUUACAAACAGUUUUCAGUUGUGCAAUGAUAAAUUAGUGAGUUAAAUUCAUGGAUAACGUCUGCUGGGUUAGAAAAUGAACUUGUCUAUGUUCGUUUAGUUUCAUAGAAAAAUCAAACAUUUGUAAAUAGUAAAUGUGUGUUAAGUGGACCAACUGGAUUAAAACGUGAUGAUUUUAAAAAUGCUACUGUACUGAGCUUAUGAAACAAAUUAAAUUAUAAAGUUUAGUUUUUGGAAAAUAAAAUCUUUUUGAGAUGA